AUGUCUCCGCAGGAGUCGAAGCCUCAAGAGGCCCAGGAGAAGCACGAUGCCGAAUCGGCCCUGAAGAGAAACCCUCACGGAGAUUUCAGCAAAGUACAAGCAUCGCGGCCCGACUGGGACGAGUCGACACAGUGGCACUAUACGAAAACUCGAGAUCCAAAUUGGACCUACGGCUCCGGAGCCAACGACAAGACAGCGGCGUCAAAGUCGCACGUCUCGAUUGACCCCUACGCCGAGGGCCGGCCACCGGUGGCGAACUACAAACUGCUCAUCUCUGGCAUUGUGCCACGGCCCAUUGGAAUUCUGUCGACCCGGUCUAAGGACGGCUCGUCCACCAACCUGGCACCAUUCAGCUACACCCAGCUCUUCAACCAUGAUCCUCCCGUCUUUGGUGUAGGCUUCAGUGGCGGCUUCGACAAUGCCAAGGACACAUUGAAGAACCUGAUCGAAAGCGGCGAAUGUGUCAUCAAUAUCAUUUCCGAUCAUUACAUCGAGGCAGCCAAUGCCUGUGCCAUCAAUCUCCCGUAUGGUCAGUCCGAAUGGGCUAUCUCGGGCCUGACUCCAGCCGAAAGCAAAGUGGUGGCCCCCUCUCGCGUCAAGGAAGCUGUCUUUAGCAUCGAGGGCAAACUGAUGAACACUCAAGAGUUUGAGUCAAGAGCCACCCCUGGUAAGAAAACGGGUGUGUUGGCGGUCAUAGAAGGAGUCCAUUUCUGGGUCAGAGAAGAUGCCAUCAAUGAGGACCGGAGUUUGAUUGCCCCGGAGGUCCUUAGGCCGAUUAGUAGACUGGGAGGUAUUACCUACGCCAGAGUUCUGGAAGGAUUUGAGAUCCCUCGGCCAGUCCUGAGACAAGAGCAAGAGCAUGGGAAGCUUGGGGAUGAAUUGCUCAAGCCAAAGGUAGAAGGACAGUAA